GAUAAAUUGAAACGUAACAAAGUAGAUGGUUAUAAAAGAAAAAUGAAAAUCUAAGUUGAUUUUACCCAAUUUAAAUUAGGGUUUCACUAUCUGACUUCAUUUCUUAAUUCUUACCUCUUUCUACUGUCAGUCUUCUUGGAUCCCCUUCAACAAAUUCAACGUUGCUGUAGUAGACAAUGCAUAAGGAUGGAAAUGAUCCAUCAAAAAAGAAGAUGAAACAGGGGACAUUGGAUUCGUUUCUUAAUGUCCAAAGCAAAAGGAAAAUCGAAGAUGGUUUGGUGUCCUCAUCAGAUGAUUCGUCAAGCGAAAGUGAGAAUGGGCUUGACCUGCAGGAAAAUCAAGAUAUCGAAAUGGGAACUAUGAGUGAUUCUGACGGUGGUGCUGAUUUUGAUCUUGAUGCUGAAUUGCAACUUUGGGAAAAUGAUCAUACGAAUUUUGGUGAACUAAUGAAGAUUACUCUUGAAUACUCCACUAGAAAAGUUUAUCGACCUCCAUUACUCAAUAUUCUUGUUUGUUUGCGGUAUAUCUUGCAACAAGGACUGGAAAUUCAUGGUCAUGAAGAUGAAGGAUUAGGUGUUGAGGGGAAUUUUAUUUCGCUAUUAAAAAUGUUGGCCAAAUAUGAUGAAAGUAUUGAUGAAGCUGUGAUAGAGAAUGCUUCUUUAGUUCAUAAAGAUAGGGCUAACUCAUGUGCAAAAGAAACAAGUAAAGCCAUUGUAAAAGACUAAAAGACAUUGUUGGUGACUACUUUGCAAUAUUGGUGGAUGAAUAUCCUGAUGUAUCAGAUGGCGAGCAAGUUGCCUUGUGUUUGCGGUAUGUUGACAAAGAGGGAGAUGUGGUGGAAAGAUUUCUUGGUAUUGAAAAUGUCAAGGAUGGCACGGCUUUAUCUCUUAGAGAUGCAAUUUAUUCUUUGCUAGGGAAGCAUUCUUUGAGUUCUUCUAAGAUCCGUGGGCAAGGUUAUAACGGGCUUAGCAAUAUGCAAGCGGACAUUAGUGGUCUCAGACACAUGAUUAAGGAAGAAAUUCAGUCGGCAUAUUACAGUCAUUGUUUUGUCCAUCAACUUCAAACGACGCUUGUUGCAAUUUCUCAAGAGAAAGUAAGAUGGGUUGGUUGGUAUUUUUAUAGACUUGAUUAUCUAACAAAUGUGCUUGGAUUUUCUUGGAAGGAUAGUGAAAUUUCGAAAGAAAGUCGGUUUGAAGAAGUUUCACAGGCCUUUGAGGAUGUUCCAAUUGAAGUUGCCAGAUAUUUGAAUCAGAAGGUUGGCUUGGAGAGGUUGAAUCAUGCAUGUUGGCGGCCUUACCAUAAGUUGGUUUUGAAUGUCAUUGAGUUUUAUCCUGUGAUACUUGAUAUGCUUGAUAUGAUUGAUAUGAUUAAGGAUAAAUCUUCAAUGUCAUUUAGUUGCCACGAAUUCGAUGUUGCUUGUGAGGCAAUUGUGUCUUUUGACUUUAUUUUCAUGACACAUGUGAUGAAGACAAUAUUUGAGGUUAUGAAUGAACUAAACAUCAUUUUACAGAAAAAAGAUGAAGAAAUUGUUUCUGCAAUGUCACUUGUGAAAUUGGUCAAGGAAGGAUUGCAAGGAAUAAGAGACGUUGGAUGGGAAGCUCUCUUGACUUCGGUCAAUACCUUUUGCAGAAAACAUGAAAUUAAAGUUCUAAAUAUGGAAGACAUGUAUGUUCCUUACACAAGAAGAAGAGGUGAGGAACUAAGACUACAAACCUUCAUCAUUUUCAAGUUGAGGAAUUUUAUGCAACCAUUGACUUUCACAUCCAAGAACUCAACAGUCAAUUUGAUGAGGAAACUAUGGAGUUACUUGUUUGUCUGGGCAGCCUGAGCCCUGUCAAUCGUUUCUGUUCCUUCGAUAAGCAAAAGCUGCUCAGACUUGCCGAAUUUUACCCUAACGAGUUUUCAAGUGUUGAUUUGCUUCAUCUUAAUGAUCAACUCGAUAAGUAUAUUUAUGAAAUGAAGAAAGAUGAUAUUUUUGCUGGAUUGAAGGAGCUAAGAGAGCUUUCUAAGAAACUUGUGAUGACAAAAAAACAUGAGGUGUUCAAUCUUGUUUAUUUACUUAUCAAGUUGGCCUUGAUCCUCCCCGUCACAACUGCUGGCGUGGAACGAGCCUUCUCAGCAAUGGCUUAUGUGAAGAGCAAAGUGCACAAAAAUACAGGUGAUCAGCUGUUAAACGAUCGUUUAGUCACAUAUGUUGAGAGAGAUGUAUUCUAUAAGAUUAGCGGUGAUGAUAUUUUGCUCAACUUUCAAAGUAGAGAGUAGUUGUAAAAGCUUAGUUUCAGACUUUCAGUAUGUGUUUUGAACCUUUAGUUGUGGAUGUUAUGAUCUUGUGUUAAGCUUGUCUUCUGAACAAUCAAUUAUGUGGUUGUAUAUAUGUUUCUUUGUUUUACAUGUCUUCAAAAGUGGACUACUAA